AGGUUAUCAGACACUAGUCAAACUGACAGCUCCACCAGAUUCGCUCAGCUUUUAUUGCUCGUGGGCGACAUUAAUUAGGAGGUUUUCCGGCGCUAGGAAAAUGUCGUUUAAAAAAGACUUAAAGUUAUUAAUAAAACCUUAUUAUUGGGUUAAUAUUCUCCUGAGUUUUUCAUACAUAAUCGCGAAACGCACACCACUCUUGUGUAAUUACUUGUUUAAUUUGAAAGCGGAGGAACGAUGCGAACUGGAUGGACGUGAAACCGAAAUUUUAUUCUUUCUCGUUAUUGUUAUUAUGAUUCGAACCCGAAAAACCGGAAGCGUGACUAUGAUCAAUUAUCUGACGUCUUCGUUCAUCUAUACGAAAAUAGCGAACUUGAUUUUAUGGUCGUACGGGGAUGUCCGCUAUGGAGCCCUGUUCCUGUGUAUUUUUAUCCUGAUUGGCCUAGUUUUGCCGGAGCCGACCUACAGUGGACCUGAGCAUAUCACAUAUUUCCGCAAUGCGACGUCUUUCGAGGAAGAAAUGAAUCGUGACAAGAGGAUCUGUUGGAUCGUAUGCUUUUUCACCGUGUGGAAUCCGGCUUGCGUCAACUUUGCGCCUAUUUUCUCCUCCUUGUCUGCUGAGUAUCACUUGGACAACUUUAAAUUUGGCAAAAUCGAUGUUGGAAGGGACCCAAGCGCCGCACAAAAGUUCCAUAUUUCAGACAGUUCCUUCUCGAAGCAACUGCCUACAGUGAUAUUAUUCCAGAACGGCAAGGAAGUUGACCGCAGACCGACCGUUGACUCCAAGGGCAAAUUGCAAAAGUUUUUCUUCUCCGAGGACAACGUGAAGGCUGCUUUGAAUUUGAACAACAUUUACAAGGAAAGCAAGGAAAGUGCCAGCAAAGCGAUCAAGGCAAAUAAGGCUGAGAAGAAGACGAACUGAACAUUUGCAGCUCCAGCGUGAAUGUUGAGACUCAAUGAUUUACCAAAAUAUUAUUUCAUUUCGAUUGUAUUUUAGGCUAGAUUUAAGUUGUGCAAUGCAAACAGUUUAAUUUAUAAAAUAAAUUAUUGAAACACACGAA